AUGUCGUCGAGCUUCGAGAAGAGCGUCAAGGGCGGCACCAAGGUCAAAGCUGCGCCGCCCAAGUCCAAAUAUGUCGAGCACAUCCUGUUAGCGACGCAGUCUGGCGAGGCAGGCGUCGCCGAGGUCUUCCGCACGCUGACCCACCGUCUGCGCGAUUCCACAUGGACGGUAGCCUUCAAGGCGCUGAUCAUCGUGCAUUUGAUGAUCAAGGAGGGCGUGCAGGAUGUCACCCUGAGCUAUCUGGCAGUCGCGCCGCGAAACCGCCUAGCUAUCAACAGUUUCACCGACGUGCAGACCCAGGGUCAGAACAUAAGAGUCUACUCGGAGUAUCUGCUGUCGCGCGCGGUAGCCUACGAGCGCAGCAAGUGUGAUUUCGUACGCUCCGGCGAGGGGCGGAUGAAGCGCUUGACCGUCGACAAGGGCCUACUGCGAGAGACUGAGGUGGUACAAUCGCAAAUCAAAGCCCUAGUCAGGUGCGACCUCCUAUCGAAUGACGUCGAGAACGAGAUAUCCUUGACUGCCUUUCGACUUUUGACUCGCGAUCUGCUGGACCUGUAUAAUGUGGAGAACGAGGCGGUCAUGAACGUGCUCAGCCAUUACUUCGAGAUGUCACGGCCCGAUGCUGAACGAUCUAUUGCAAUAUACAAGAACUUUUGCAAGCAGACAGAGCAAGUCGUGCAGUACCUGAGCGUUGCGCGGCAGUAUGAGUACGCCACAAGGCUGGAGAUACCAAAGCUGAAGCACGCACCGACUAGCCUCGCGGCUUCGUUGCAGGAAUAUCUGGAUGACCCGGACUUUGAAAUUAAUAGAAGGCAAUAUCUGGCCGAGCUAGAGUCGAGGAAGGGAGGCAAGCCGUUUUCGAGACCAGCGCAGUCUACAUCACAGACGGCCGCGGCCACUGCGACAAUGAAGACGCCUUUCGAUGACAUGAAGUCAGGAGCAACUCCAGCUGCCAACCAGCCGGCCAAGGGUCCCGCACCAGACCUCAUCGAUUUCUUCCAGUCGAUCGAAAGCAAUCAGCAAACAAGCGAAACGAAUCCAUUCCUACAGCAGCAGGCACCGCCACAACAACAGUUACAGCCUAUGGGUUUGCAGCAACCAUACCAGACAGGCGCUCCACAGCCGAUGAAUGGAUACGGCACGAAUGGAGCUCCUACCAAUCCCUAUCAACAGCAGCCUAUGCAGCAAGCACAGCCCUUGCAAACCCAAUUCACUGGUGCUGGCUUCGGUGGUUAUGGACCUCAACCGGAACAACAGGCAUUCGCCCCAGCACAACAAUACCUAAGUCCAGUCCAAGCUCAAACACCUGCACAAAUCCAGCCGCAGACCACAAAUCCGUUCAGACAAUCGAUGAUGGCCACGGGUACCGGCGGCGCACUUGGGAGCUCGCUCGGGCAGCAAUCUUUGAACAGGCAGUCCACGAAUCCGUUCGCGAAAAGCGCAAUACAGCCAAUCCCAGAAAACGGGCCAUCUCCCGUGGCAAUGCAGCAGCAGGCGACUUCUCCAUUUGCGUCACAAGCCACUUCACCUCAGCCUCUGGUACCACAAGCAACAGGAUCUAAUCCUUUCCGCCAGAAUAUCCCUUCGUCACAGCCUGCGCUGUUGCAGGUGCAAGCCACGGGUAGCACAAAUCCUUUCAGGCAAAGUCAAUUUGUUAAUCAGCAGACUGGUUCGGGGUGGCAACAUGGCCCGCAGGCCACGAUGGGUGGCUUAGAGCAUCUGGAAACAGUGCCAGUAUUUCCGCGUCCAGGGCAGAACACGCCGCAACAGCAGUCCCCUUGGGGCUAGAUCUUGAAGACUUCGGACGAUAUCAUUAUGCUAGUUAGCGUGGAGUUCAGGAUUGCAUCCAUUGCGGUGGGUUUAGCGAAGAGAGCCAUGAUGAAGGAGUGAGGAGUGAUACCAUUCAUACAAAUCCUUAGCAUCUUGUUCGGCGUGGAGCUCCGUCUUGUCCAUGAUCUUGCAUCCUGCAAGCCCUCGGCGGUUCUCAAUACUGCUUCAUUGGAGGCAACCUAUUUCACUAGCUUGCCGCGCACCCGACAUCCCAAAUCGAUCUGGUGCGCUGGAUCUGGGAAUCUGCACCAGUGCACCGCACCCUUUGCCCGGAAUGACGUCCCCCACACGUGCAACUUUUAAACUUCAACCAAGAUCUUCGCUCUGCACGGUUGCGCUUGUCGUGCGAUGGGAAACGUUUCCUCCACACAGACCUCAAUCUGCAUUCUC